AUGCGCCUCAGGCUUGUCAGGAAUGCCGUCGCCGGCGAGCAAAAGUGGGCCUGCUGCAAUGGAACCAAACCAUCCUGUUUGCGCUGUACCGAGCGUCGAUUAUCAUGUGUAUAUGCAAACGAUAUAGAUCAUCGCGGCUCAGCUCCAAGGUCUCUGGUCUCGCUUCUGCAAAAUCGUAUCAAAUUGCUCGAGGACGUCCUUCAACGGCAUUCCAUCGAUAUUGAAGCAUCGAUUGCUCAAAUUCAGGGCGGAGAGUCGCAGAGCGAAGAGCCAAGACAGGAAACUUGCAACAGCUCUACAAGCCAAGACCUGAAUUCAGGACAGGACUUGCAGAAGCCCGAGUUGCAAGGUGCGCUCUAUUCAGAACAGCCAGGUUCUGGACUGCAUCCGGUUGGCGAGGAUCAGAUGCGAUUCUUUGGUCCAGCAAGUGGAAGAUUAGAUCUUCAGCCAUCGCAAGCUGCCGUGGACGGAGCGGCCGCAGAUAGCACUCAUGCCGACGACAGGUCCGACCAGCCGCAGAGCAAAAGAGUAAACAAUCCAAGCCAAGAACGUUUCAAUGCCUACAGCCAAUCCCUUGCCGCCGAGGCAUUGCGAGAUCUUUCUCCAGAGCUUGUCGAGCAUCUGAUUGACCUGUAUUUCGAAUGGGAACAGCCAUGGUUCCAGGUUGUGGAUGAAGAGCUCUUUCGGGCCAGUCGAAUGCAGAAUGGGCGUUAUUACAGUCCGGUGCUCCUUUGCUGCAUCAUUGCCGUGGCAUCUCGAUAUUCCGACCGCCUUGAAGUCAGAAGCGAUCCUCAAGAUGCCAAUACAGCUGGUCUGGCUUUUAUCGAGCAUGCCGAAGCACUGAUUCACUUUGAUCUGAAAUGGCCUAGCAUCACAACUGUCCAAUCUCUCGCCAUCAUGGCAAUAUUUUAUGUGGCAAGUCAAGUCGUGUCUGGGAGUCUGUGA